UUGAGUGUUGCUGAAUUAAAGCAGCUUGUAAAUCUCCCUGAUGUAGUUGAAAUGCAUGAUGUGACAGCCAGGGAUCCCAAAUUGCUGGUACAACUUAAAGCCCACCGCAAUACAGUUCCAGUGCCACGUCAUUGGUGUUUUAAAAGAAAGUACUUGCAAGGGAAACGUGGUAUUGAGAAGCCUCCUUUUGACUUGCCAGAUUUUAUAAAAAAGACUGGUAUUAUGGAAAUGAGAGCAGCAUUGCAAGAAAAAGAGGAUCAACGGACUUUGAAAGCAAAAAUGAGGGAACGGGCUAGGCCCAAGCUUGGGAAGAUUGAUAUUGAUUAUCAGAAACUCCAUGAUGCAUUUUUCAAAUGGCAGACAAAGCCACGUAUGUCAAUACAUGGCGAUCUUUAUUAUGAAGGCAAGGAAUUUGAGAUUCGCCUGAAGAAGAAAAAGCCAGGCGACUUGAGUGAAGAACUGAGAACAGCUCUGGGGAUGCCUGUGGGGCCAAAUGCAAACAAAGUUCCACCUCCUUGGCUUAUUGCAAUGCAGCGUUAUGGACCACCUCCAUCAUAUCCAAAUCUCAAGAUCCCGGGACUCAAUGCACCCAUUCCUGACGGCUGUUCUUUUGGGUAUCAUGCUGGAGGUUGGGGUAAACCACCAGUUGAUGAAACAGGAAGACCUCUAUAUGGAGAUGUAUUUGGUAUACAGGGCCAAGAUUAUCAGUCAGUUCCAGAAGAAGAGGAGGUGGAUCGUACAAUUUGGGGUGAGUUAGAGUCAGAGUCUGAGGAGGAAAGUGAAGAAGAAGAGGAAGAUGAAACAGGGCUGGUCACUCCAGCAGAAGGUUUGAUCACUCCCUCUGGCAUCACCUCAAUUCCAGCAGGCAUGGAGACUCCAGAGAUCAUUGAACUCAGGAAACGAAAAAUUGAGAGUGAAAUGGAAGGAAGUGAAACACCGGUGUUGCCUGAGAAACGUAUAGAUCGUGUUGGUGGAGCCAUGAUGAGCUCCACACACAUAUAUGAUAUACAGGCUGGAGGACCUCCAUUGGGAGUCAUUGCCCCCACCCGCCGUGGUCCAGGGAGCCCUGAAGGUCCAGGCACAGUGGAACUUGCACUGGAUCCAUCAGAAUUGGAUCUUGUUGAUACAGAUGCAAUGGCUGUACGUUAUGAGCAACAGAUCAGGGAACAACAGUCACAGUUGCAGAAGGAGGAUUUGUCUGACAUGUUGGCUGAUCAUGUUGCUCGUCAAAAAAACAAGAGAAAACAGCGACAACAGCAUCAGGAUAAUAAACAAGCAAAGAAAUAUAAGGAAUUUAAGUUUUAGUGUAAUCUGCCAUUGUAUUCUUUACUGUGGUGUUUGCUUAUGUUCUAAAAAUGUGUGAUUAGCAGCAUUUUUGUUGGCAUAUGUAAUGUAUUGUAAUGACUUGGUAUGUUUACAUAGAGAUUUAUAAAAUAAAGGGGGAAAAGCCUGCCCUCUUGGUACUAAUCUCUUGAAAUUUUAAUGAAAUUGGCGAGAAUAAUUAUAUAGCUUGUACAAUAGUAAAACUGAUUAGCUAAAUUGUUUUGUGGUGAGGCUCAAAUUCACAAUUUGACAUUCACAAACCUUUUGGCCAACUCUUCCAUUUUUGCACCUGACGAAUAAAGCAUUAAAAAUAUA